CGACGAUACAGCCAUUUUCUGACUUCAGCAGAAAGCUCAGCGCAUUUAGCUAGAUUGAGGGUAUAUUUGCUAAUACAUAGGGUUGUGUUUUAACAUUACAAACUGUUAUAUCGCUGUGUUUUUGGUGUGCUCGUCCUAGCUUUAGCUAACGUUAGCCUCGGUAGCCUGGCGUGUGACGCGCACGGAGGUUGACUAAAUGUCCAGACCACGGUCGCGAUCUCCUCACUACAGGAGGUUCCCAUGGGAGGAACCAGACUUUGAUCCUUACAAAGUCCUUGCAGAACUGGACGGGAACCCGCUGGACCGGAGUCACCGCCUCAGAAAGGAUCCUGAAGAGCACUGGGACUACUUCAGGGAAGACAUGUACCCAGAAGGCCAGAGAAGAUCCCCUCCUUUCCCAGAUGACCGUCAGUUUUCGCAUCAACGUCGUCCAGACGAGGAGGAGUUUUACCACAGACGGCCAUCGCCCCAUUAUGAUGUGCGCUACGAUGACCGGGGGCUCUCGCCACUGCAUAAUGUAGGAGGAGAUGGAAAUAGACGCAGAGGGGGGUUUAGAGAACACUUCCAGAGUUUUGGAAACAGGGGGAGGUUUCCUCACUCCCCCCCGAGUGUGGUGACGGAAAGGUUGCCACAGGUGCGAAGGUCUCACAUGGACCACCAACAGAGAGAGGCGGGGCUGGGCUGGAGAGAGGAGCAGGGCAGAGGUCGAGGGAGGUUCAGAGACCUCAGUCCCGGUGUGAGAACAGAUGACCAAAGAGGCGGAGUAGAUAGGGAAAGAGGAAGGAGGAACGCACAGGGUCCCAACAGAGACAGACGAAGGCCGGAUCCACAUCAAGAGAGGAACCCCCCCUUUAAAAGGCAAAGACGAGAAAUGGAUGACGCCAAUCACCCUGGGUACAGGAAUGAGGAGGACUUUGGGGAACUGCGUUACUCAGUGGACGCACCCCGAGAUGGGUUUGGAGGAGACGUUCAGGGGAGCCUCCUCCACAGAGGCGCUCAUCACUCGAGGCCACUCGUCAUUGAACACGAUCACGGUAUCGCAGAGAGCAGAGAGCCGUCACGGUGGGAACACUUUGACGAGCACAGAGAUCUGGACCCUGACUUUGAUCGACGGAGGAGUCCCCGCCCACUGAGCUCCUCGCAGGAGCGGUUCAGGACGCCAGACAGCAGGCUGGAUGAUCGGGAAGACAUGAGAGGACGCCGAUUACAAGAUAAUUGGAGAGACACAAACUAUCUUGAAACGAGGAGGAGCCCUGUGCCGCAAGAUAGACCCAACCCCAUGAGAUAUGGUAAUCGAGAUGGUUCUGUGAUCCACAAGGGGCGGGGCAGUCCUCGCCCGGCCAGGGGGAGGUUGAAUCGCGGACAGGGCGGAAGGACUGGACCGUCCAGGAAUCAUCCACGCUUACAGCAGUCCCCCCAGGAAUACCAAGAUCCUCCUCAUGAAGAGCAAAGACCAGCGUACCGACCCUUCAGGCAAGAUUGUUACGAGGAUCCCACUGAAGAGGAGCCAAACUGGGCGGAACGGUGGGAAGACGUCAGGGCCACAAGUCUGGACCGACACCUACCGAGGGACGACUUGGACCCUAAAAUGCCCCGUCAGAGGGAGCGCGUGUGGAACGAUCAGAAAACCAAUAACAUGAGCGCCGUAAAGGAGGAAACGUUAACCAUUAAAGUGGACAUGAGCCGACCCGUUAACCAAAACAGCUCGCUGUGUUACUCCUCAGACAGGCAGCUCUCUUUAGACCUCGUCAACGUGGGUCGUCAGCGUCUGGACUUCCUGCCCAUGCUGGAGCACUCUGGGACGUACCGGGAGACGGCCACGCACACCGGGACGUUUGCACAGGAGAUCAUCACGCUGGUGCACCACGUCAAAGAGCAAUAUUUCAGAGAUGACGGGGUCACCCUGAACGAGCGUUUCUCCGCUCCUCAGAAAGGCGGCUACUCUGAAGAAGAGACGGAGGAGCUGACGUUGGAUGAGAGGUUCAGUUCAAACCGAGGCUUCAGUCUCAACAUGAACUCGCUGCUGGAUGACGACGAGCCUCUGUUCUCCAGACUGGGACCGAUGCAGGGUUUGAACCAGCAGCCGGUGCGAGGCCCGGGGGACCUGAGGCACGACCUGGAGAGGAGGCGGCAGGAGAGACUGGAGGGGGUGAAGGUCACGAUACCAGGGAGCAGUAUGUCACAGCGUCAGCUCGGUCCAGCCGGUGAGCCGGGGUUAGACUACAGUGAGCAGCUGGCUCAGGUGGAGGACGAGGGGUUCUCCGCCUGGUCCGAGGAGCAAAGCAGGAGACGAGACGACAACAUGGUACCGAGGAGAGGAGGUCCGUACAGACCGAGCGCAGGCCCCCAGCGCAGGAGCAAUCGCUUCGGUAACCGCGGCGGAUCGCUGAGGCGACAGAACAACCGCAACAACCCUGCAGGUCCUAACUGGUGAUCGGACAGUGGAAAGGUAUUUCAUUUGGAUGUUGCUGACUUGUUCUCGACUGAUAACACAUCUAGUAAAAACCAGCCAAUCGGGGGGGAAGUGUUUCGUCCUUGACUUGGGCCGAUUGUGGCCCGUGUUGAUUCUGAUCAACAGCACAAUGUUGACGCAUUUAAAAAAAACUGUGAAGAAGUCUCCGCUCUGUCGGUGUUUGUGAAAUGUGAAACGUUGACACCUGCAGAGCUGGAGCUUCACAUUUUCCAACUUUGUUAUCUCUUCACACUUUUUCUGUCUUCACAUCUUCGUUUUUUGUUUUUUUUUGUGUGUGUGUCUUCCUGUUGAUUUCUUUCUCUCUUCAUUUAAAACUCAAACAGUCGCUGUUCAUCCGGUUGAAAUCAGCAGCUGAAUCGUUACUGAGAAAUGUAAAAGGUGAAAUUGAGAAAAACACACAAAAGGUCAAGUGAAGUGAUUUUUCCUGCUGACGGAUCAUCAUCACAUCCUCCCUCCCCGUUAUCAGAGAAGUACACAUCGCCAGUGUUGGUUUAGCUGCUUGUUGACGAUGUAGGUCUGUUAAUUUAACAUCCUGUCGUUUUCUUUCCGUCUCCGUUGUUUUUCUCGUCUGUACGGUCCAACAUUACACGUUACACCAGCCUCGCUGUCGGUGACAUGAGCGGACGUCACAGGCCGCUCUCCAGUUGUUACUGUUCAA